AUUGGCUCUGACGGCUGUGGAGGCUCGAAAUGUUCCUCGCCUUUCUGCAGGACGGAUAACCGAAGUUGUUGCUUUAUUUGACCGUCAGCUGUCUGUGUCCGGAUCUAAGCUUUAAAUAAAACAUGGAUUUAAAUGUUAGUCCUCCGCUAACAGAAAACAGAGGUUCAUCAGAGUCAGCAGCAGACGGUCCAAGAAGAGGAAUGAGUAAAACCCAGAUUCUUACAUUAAUAUCUAUGGCUUCUGUUAAUUUCAGCUCAAUGAUCUGUUACUCCAUAUUAGGCCCAUUCUUCCCCAAUGAGAUUACUUGAUAAGGCCCCUGCAGGAGCCACCUUCAUCGCUCUGUGUUUUAUCGUCAGGUCUUUGGAUGCAUUGGGUUUUGCUGCUGCCAUGACCUCCUCUUUUGCUAUAACAGCAAAAAUAUUCCCGAACAAUGUGGCAACUGUUCUGGGAAGUUUGGAGAUUUUCACAGGGCUCGGGCUCAUACUGGGACCACCGGUGGGGGGCUGGUUCUACCACUCGUUUGGGUAUGAAGUCCCAUUCAUGCUCCUUGGAUGUGUGCUUCUGAUUAUGGUUCCCUUCAACAUUUACGUUUUGCCAUCCAUCGAGGCAGAUCCAUCAAACGAUUCCUUCUUCGGACUUCUCACACAAAUCAGAGUUGUCCUGAUAUGUUUUGUGAUUUUUACUCUCAGCUCAGGUCUGGGCUUCAUUGAUGCCACCCUGUCGCUGUUUGCAAUGAAGACAUUUAAUCUGACUUCUGGCUAUGUGGGGCUCAUCAUGCUGGGCUUGUCCUUACCAUAUUGUCUGGCUUCACCACUUAUUGGUUACUUCACAGAUAAAUAUCCUGUCACCAGGAAUGCAUUUACAGUGACUGGAGGCAUCAUCACAGCUGCUGGGUUCUUUCUGCUUGGUCCAGCUCCUUUUUUUCACAUCUCAAGUCAGCUAUGGUUGUUGAUCAUUAUGCUUGGUUUGAUUGGCUUUUCUCUGGGAAUGACUGCCAUCCCUACCUUCCCUGAGAUCAUCACGUGUGCACAUGAAAAAGGAUUGGAGGAGGGACUGAGCACUCUUGGUAUGGUCUCUGGGUUGUUUGGAGCCUUUUGGUCCAUGGGGAUGUUUUACGGCCCGAUAGUGGGAAGUGUUAUCACACAGAAUCUGAGCUUUCAGUGGGCAGCUACAGUUCAAGGAAGCAUGACAUUCCUGGCUGCUUUUCUCCUCCUGGUUCACUCUCUCUGUCGGCGACAUCCUCAAAGAGUGCAGGAAGAGCGUCAGUCAACAGAGGAAAGCACUCCUCUCCUGAGUGGAUAAAAACAUCAGUUUUUACUGAUGUUUCACGCUUCAUGACUAAACUUGAAUUUUUUUUUGUUUAGAAGAAUGAACAGAACAGUAGGGUUUUCAAGUGCAGUGAGGACUGUAAACAUGUGGAACCAAAUUGUGUCUUCUUGAUUUUCGACCCUUUGCUUUGACUUGACUUGGAUUUUAUAUGUAAAGCAACUUGUCUGUUUGCACUUUCCUGGAAAUAAACAGCAACACAUCAACCGUA